CUUCUUCUUCUUCUUCUUCUUCUUCUUCUUAGCUGUAUGACUUCAAGGAAAUAACUUAAGCUUUCUGUGGUCUCUUUGAAGUAAAUAAAAGAAUAUUUUUCUAGAUGGAUUAAACACUUAGAACACUUAUCAAACUUACUUCAGUGUAAAGCAUUUGGAAUCUUCCCUAUGGAUUAGGAAGGAAGAAUGAUGGUGAUGAUGAUAAUGACAACGGUGGAGAUAAUAAUUGUAAUGGCGGGGGUGGCAGUGAUAUCUAUUAUAAUGCUAUUUAAAGAGGCAACACAGCCAGGAGUGGUGGUGCAUGCCUUUAAUCCCAGCACUCGGGAGGCAGAGACAGGUGCAUUUCUGAGUUCGAGGCCAGCCUGGUCUACAAAGUGAGUUCCAGAACAGCCAGAGCUAUACAUAGAAACCCUGUCUCAAAUAACCAAAAAAAUAGGCAACACAUAGGAGAGAAAACCUAGACACUGGGAAGACUUAGAACUCACUUUGAUUCUGCUCCAAGCUGUUAGUUCAGCAAAAUUCCUUCCCUAAAGGGUUAGAGAUGGAAAUAAAGCAAAAUAUGUCUUAUUCUAUGCUUGGCAUGCAAUAUAUUUUUGUAGGCAUAUCAUUUUCUUUCCCCUCUUUUCCUGUAUUACUGUGUGUCAUCAAUGUGCCUGGACAGUGAGAUGAGAGGCAGGAACAUAAAUAUGAAUGAGAUGUAAUUUCUGUCCUCAAAAGGCUCAGAGCCCUCAAGAAAGACUUGGACACACACAAGGACACUGUGCUAUGGCUAGAACUAUCACUGUGACAUCAGCACAAGGCGUGAUUGUAUUGGGAUCGUAGCGAAAGACCAAUCAUCAGCAAGAACCGAGGGAAUCAUCCCUUAGGAGGCAAUGGGAUUUGGAAGGAGAAUUUUGCUGGGCUGACUGAAGAGGGCAGGGCAUCUCAGUCAGCCUAGGGGGCAGGCUGAAACAUGUGGUCACCAGAGAGACAGUAGUCUUUGCUUGGAGUCACAUUCUCUGUUUCUUUGCCAAGAUCCAUGGAGGCCAAAGCAGGAUCUCCCUACUCGCUUGUACCUGCUCCAUAUGGAGAAUGGACAGGGAAAGACGGGGUAACGGUGACAAUUGAUCAGCCCUCACUGGCAUGUGUAUACCUCAAGAAGUAUACAGCCAGGAAAGAAAAGCCUAUAACCGCAGAAUCAACCAGAAUGACUUCUGACAAAACAGAGCAUAGUUCCACUCCAGAGUAAGGAUGCUGGGAGAUGUCACAUGCUUGUUUUAGCUCCUUUAACAGUAGCUGCUUCCAGGCCUCUAGGCUACCACCUUGGCUAGAAGAGGUCCCUGAAUUCCCAGGCAGGGAUCCUCGGUCUAAGCCAGAAUUAUUAGAAUAGGAGGUUUUUGUUGGGAGUACAGUACACUGGCACCUUCAGAACUUCCUGCCAAAGCCAACAACUGACAGGUGCUUUCAGGGAAACCAAAUCCACAGCUGAAUCUCAGCAUUGCUCAGCAGCAACAGUUUCUUCUCCAGGAAUAUGAGCAAGGUAGUGGUGGCACACAACUUUCAUCUCAGCACUCUAGCGGCAGAGGCAAGUAGAUCUCUGAGUUUGAGGCCAGCCUGGUCUACAGUGCAAGUUUCAGGACAGCCAAAGCUACACAGAAAAACACUGUCUUGAAAAACAGAAGAAGGAGGAGGAGAGGAAGAAGGGGGAGGAAGAGGAAGAAGAGGAAAAAGAGGAGGAGGAAGAGGUGGAGGUCUUCAGGUAUGUGUAGCUGUGCCCUAGAGAGUGAGCACGGACAUCCAUAUACAUAAUACGUGUGCAUCGUGUGUAUAUAUACAUGAUUGUGAAUGAAUUCAUUGUGGGUAAUAUAUGGUUGUAUGGUUGUGUAUAUUUAUAUACUGUGUGUAUAUAUACACACAAUAUACAGUAUGCAUUGAAUGCACAUGCAAGAUUGCAGCAUGUAUGUUUGUAUGUAUGUUCAAAUGUGUCAAAUUUUGUAUUAUGUGUCAAAUGUAUUUGUGCAGUUGUGUGAACCUGGUAGGGCAUGUGUAUAUAUAGUGUGUGCUUGGGUACAUGGACAUGUGUGCUGAGUGCAUAUGUGUGGUGUAUGAAUGGGAGAUGAGGGGCUCAGAGACCAUCUUCUCCAGUGUUUAGAUACAAGGAGUUGCUUCAUGGAAAGAAAGCCCCCAGGCCAGUGGGAAUAGAAUAUCCACUCUAGUCCUCUGCAUCCUUCAUAGAAACCUCCUGGUCAUUUCACAAAUCUUCCUAAAUCCCACAAAAGCUGUGAAUUCACCUUUGUUCCCAAGUCUUUCGUCCUCCAGUUUCCUGUCCCAGAAUUCUGAUACUCCACUAACUGGGGUGUCUGUCUUCUUGUGCUUUGGGUCCUUCAUCCAUUCCAUCUACUCUCAGAAAUGUCUGGAAAUUCUUUUAUCCCAAAGGUAAGGAACUCGGAGGGCUGCCUGUCUCAGUGAUGUUUAGAAAGUAUGUGUAGAGUUCUUUUGUGAACCCUGCAUGCCAAGGCAGCCAUAAGAGCAGGACCCCAGAGGCCAGCCUGGUCUACAAAGUGAGUUCCAGGACAGCCAGGGCUAUACAGAGAAACCCUGUCUCAAACAAAACAAACAAAACAAAACAGCAGGACCCCAGCCCUGAUCCAGAGGCUGAAAACCACAAGACCCUCUGAGACAGUAAAAACUGUCAGGGCUUUGUGAUCUGAGCCUUGAACCCAGCUAACCACUGCCCAACUGUGCCCUUUUGGGCAAGCUUUAGCCUCCCUCACAUCACUUAGAAAAUGGAGCCAGUUGUAUCUAGAAACCACAUUCAGUCCCCCCACCCCGACCGAAAGUUUAAGCAGAAUAUUUAAAAGGCAGUAUCAAAAGUUUAAAAUGUCCAGGAGUUAUUGAAAGCCUUGGGUGCUUUGUGGAGUCUCUUGACUUGGGACGACAUCCCCUUUCUUACUCUCCCUUCUCUUCACAUCCAGGGAGAGCUACUUUUGCCUGGCUUAACACCUCCAGAGAAAGGGGUUGGGGCACUUGAUAAAUUUCUAGAGGCAGAAGAGAGGAGCUGUCCCCUUGAGUCCAUCCUGCCACAAGUCCUGUAAGUUUUCCCAGUAACUGGUCACAUAGCCCUUCCUAAAAGAAAUUCAUACACAUGCAAAUCGGAAACUAUACUCAUUCAUACCCACAGCCAAGGAUGUGCACACAUAGAACAUACAGCCCAUCACAGGCACUCGUCUACUUAUGACACAUCCAGCAGCCGCAGCACAUCAACCCACAGGCAGCUUCACGAAUUGAAGACUUGGCACAAACGCCGGUUCACAUAUAAACAGUUCACAUCCUACACACACCCCUGCACGACACCGCACUCACACUUGCUCAAGUGCCCACGCUGCACAGUCCCAUCUCUCUCCAGCCCAUUUCACACGCCCAGGCAUCCCUUCACAUUUCUUUGCACACGGCUUGCACAUAAACACAGCAUUCUUACUACUCUCCAUCUCUUCCACAAGCCGGUACAACCGACCACAUCUGUGCUGCCCCCAACCCCCCCCCCCCGCCCCAACAUCCCCUGCAACUUCAACAAGAGGCUUCCCGCUUGGUGUGCAGCGGCCACAGUGGCCAGGAAUUAAAAUGCAGCAAGGAGGAGCCGGGAGCGUCAGAACCGCGUCUCCAGGAGCGCACAGCGCUCGCCUCGGCCGCCGCCGCCCCGCCCGCCCGGAGCCGCGGGGCCAGCGAGCGCAGUAGCAGGUGCUCAGAGCCCAGCAGCGCCAGCCGCGCCAGCCUCGCGCGGCUGCUGCCCAAGUUCGCCCGGGGCCCGAGGAGGGCCGGGCUACCGAGAGAGGAGAGCAGCCGCCGCCACUGUCACCGCCAUCGUGGACUUGGAGUCUUGAGAGGAGACGGGCCCACCGGAGCUGCGAGCUUCGAUGAGCAGCGAGUCCGGAUCAGCCUCAGGAGGUGUUGCUUGGGCUCCGCAGUUCCCAGCUCCCGUCUCCCAGAGAGAAUAAGAGGCAAGGAACAGCAUAGCCGGGUUUUUCUAAAGACGAUCCGUGCCGAGAGGAAAAGCGAUAGUUUCCCAGCACCAGCAACCUUGGAGGGGCCCAGCAGCGAGCAGCUUUCCGCAGGACGCCUUGAGAAGCCCCCGCCCCAGACGACAGUAGACACCCCGCGGGACUCAGGACUUGGGGAAGCCUGGGAGCGUCUCAGCAGAAAGCAGCUCCGGCAGCCGUGAGAAAGAAGGGUCCUGGAGGAAAGGGAAGGUGCAAGUCGCCACUCGGCGACCACUCACCCCAGUACACACCCACCCCACCCGCCGAGCCUGGAGCCGCGGAGUGCCUCUGGGGGCGCUCGUUCCUUGGCGCCUUCCCUCGCAUGUCCCAGCACCACUGGGCUAAGGGCCAGACUAGUGGGGUCCCCGGGACUGGCCAAACCAGGCAUGGUGGCCCAGUGGUCUCUCUCUCAGGAUCAGCGUAAAAACUGGGGUUAGUCCGUGCAGGGGGGACUCAUCUCAGGGUCCCCCGAGGUCCAGGACCAGGAUAGGUCGGCGGGCACAGAGCCCAGGGAUUGGAGAGGCGGCUCCCAAUGGGGCCCCUCCGGAGGUAGUGCCCAGUGACUCUCGUCCUUCUGGAAGACUCGGGGCCAGCAGAGCCUGGGGGUGGGGGGUAGUUAGGAGAGGCCAGAGCUAGGGGCGGCGGGCCGAGGCGGCACUCAGUCCCGGGCGAGCGCCCGCGGAGGCGGCGGCGGCGACGCCGGGAGGGCAUGCCGCGCCACCGGAGCUCCUGUCGGGAGCAGGCUUCCCUGGCACAAGCUGCGCGCGGCUGCUGCUGCUCCCACUGCUGCUGCGGACUCCCAUGGCGGCUCCGCCCGGCCGGGGCCGCCGCCGCUGUCGCCAGCCUCGGGCUGAAUGAAUGAGCCGGAGCGGCGGAGCCCGGCUGCCGGCGACCGCGCUCAGCGGCCCGGGACGCUUCCGUAUGGCCCGCGAGCAGCCGGCGCCCGCGGCGGUGGCGGCAGCUAGGCAGCCCGGGGGCGACCGGAGCGGCGAUCGGGAGCUGCAGGGGCCAGGGGUCGCCCGCAGGGGGCGGCCGUCCCUGAGUCGCACUAAAUUGCACGGGCUGCGGCACAUGUGCGCGGGGCGCACGGCGGCGGGAGGCUCUUUCCAGCGGCGGGCGCUGUGGGUGCUGGCCUUCUGCACGUCCCUUGGCUUGCUGUUGUCCUGGUCCUCGAACCGCCUGCUCUACUGGCUCAGUUUCCCGUCACACACGCGAGUGCACCGCGAGUGGAGCCGCCAGCUGCCGUUCCCCGCUGUCACCGUGUGCAACAACAACCCCCUGCGCUUCCCGCGCCUCUCCAAGGGGGACCUCUACUACGCGGGCCACUGGCUAGGACUGCUGCUGCCCAACCGCACCGCGCGCCCGCUGGUCAGCGAGCUGCUGCGGGGCGACGAGCCGCGCAGACAGUGGUUCCGCAAGCUGGCCGACUUCCGCCUCUUCCUGCCGCCGCGCCACUUCGAGGGCAUCAGCGCUGCCUUCAUGGACCGUCUGGGCCACCAGCUGGAGGACAUGCUGCUCUCCUGCAAGUACCGGGGCGAGCUCUGUGGCCCGCACAACUUCUCCUCAGUGAGUUGCCCUCCGCGCGAACCCGCCCUUUCUGACCCCGCGCUUCCCAGGAGUCCUGAGGCUCUUAGGUGGGCCCCAGGGACUGGACACCAGGCCCCUGUGUUUACAAAAUAUGGGAAGUGUUACAUGUUUAACUCAGGCGAGGAUGGCAAGCCUCUGCUCACCACGGUCAAGGGGGGGACGGGCAACGGGCUGGAGAUCAUGCUGGACAUUCAGCAAGAUGAGUACCUGCCCAUCUGGGGAGAGACAGAGGAAACAACGUUUGAAGCAGGAGUGAAGGUUCAGAUCCACAGCCAGUCUGAGCCACCUUUCAUCCAAGAGCUGGGCUUUGGGGUGGCUCCGGGGUUCCAGACCUUCGUGGCCACACAAGAGCAGAGGCUCACAUAUCUGCCCCCGCCGUGGGGGGAGUGCCGGUCCUCAGAGAUGGGACUCGACUUCUUUCCUGUUUACAGCAUCACAGCCUGUCGGAUCGACUGUGAGACCCGCUACAUCGUGGAGAACUGUAACUGCCGCAUGGUCCACAUGCCAGGGGAUGCCCCUUUCUGCACCCCUGAGCAGCACAAGGAGUGUGCAGAGCCAGCCCUCGGCUUACUGGCAGAAAAGGACAGCAAUUACUGUCUCUGCAGGACACCCUGCAACCUGACCCGCUACAACAAAGAGCUCUCCAUGGUAAAGAUCCCCAGCAAGACGUCAGCCAAGUACCUGGAGAAGAAAUUUAACAAAUCGGAAAAAUAUAUCUCCGAGAACAUUCUUGUUCUGGAUAUAUUUUUUGAGGCGCUCAAUUACGAGACAAUUGAACAGAAGAAGGCGUAUGAAGUUGCUGCCUUACUUGGUGACAUUGGUGGUCAAAUGGGAUUGUUCAUUGGUGCUAGUAUCCUUACAAUACUAGAGCUCUUUGAUUACAUUUACGAGCUGAUCAAAGAGAAGCUAUUAGACCUGCUUGGCAAAGAAGAAGAGGAAGGGAGCCAUGAUGAGAACAUGAGCACCUGCGACACAAUGCCAAACCACUCCGAAACCAUCAGCCACACUGUGAACGUGCCCCUGCAGACAGCUUUGGGCACCCUGGAGGAGAUUGCCUGCUGACACCUCUCAGGCAGCCCAGCACCUCCAAACAGACCUUAAAGGCCCAAGACCCAGGACAGGGGACAGCAAGCUCAGGUGGCAUAGCCCCUGAGGACAGAAAGAAGCAAGAGCCCCCCCAUAUGCACACAUUGCGAACUUCUGCCAAACCUCACCUGGCCACAUCUGACACGAACGGUCCCGGGCCCAGCCUCGUGUCCCUCAUAGGACCGAUGAGUCGCGCUCCGGAACUGUCCAAGAACUAACCUGCCAUCACAUCUCACUGCCAGAUGUACAAAGCACCUGCAUGCUCAGACUUCUUACAGCGCCGCCUCCACUUGCGUCUUGUACAUGAUAUUUUCUCCGUGCGGUUUCCGGAGGGAGCCCACUCUGCUACCCAGGCAGUGGGACCAGGUUGCAGACCCAAAGUCACCCUGAGCCCAGCUCUGGAAUCAAAACUGCACUGUCAAGAAGGAAACCACAGAACUCUCUACAACGUUUGAUCCUUGUGUUGUUCGUGAAGGUUCCUAGCCUUGUCCCCCAAACUGGCCCACUGGGCUCCUGCACUAAAGGUGACCAGUACCAACCUCCUCCUUCUUUUCUCAGCACCUGUGGAGGAAGUACGGUGGCCUGGGUGACCCCAGUAUUUGUCCAUGGAGCCACUUUGUUCUCUCCCUGUGACACAGAUGUAGAGUCUGAUUUUUGUUUGGGGCGGGGGCUGUUCUUGUUUGUCUAUGGAAGAUUUGUUUUGUUUUGCUUCGUCUUACGGUCUUUGGUUUUUGAUGUUCUAAGGUUCGGUUUGGGUUUUCCAUUUCUUUUCUUUUCUUUUUUCUUUUUUCUUUUUGGAGUUUAUUUAUUCGUGCUUCGAACCACAGUCAUAUUAAAAGCUGGUCUUGUGGAAGUGGCCACACCA